AUGCUCUACAGUUUUGCCUCGGUCCUAUUACUAGCUACCAGCACUUCGGCUGCAGUGGUUAGCAGAAAAGCACCCGCGGGUUUCGUCACAACCAAGGGUAAUGUCUUUAAGCUAGAUGGGAAAGACUUUUACUUCGCUGGCAGCAAUGCCUAUUACUUUCCCUUCAACGACCUCCAGUCAGAUGUAGAAGCUGGCCUCGGUGCAGCGAAGAAAGCAGGGUUGAAUGUCUUCAGGACAUGGGGAUUCAACGAUCGAAACAGGACGACUCUCGCAAAUGGACUACCGCAAUACGGUGGUGAAGGUGCUGGUCCCAGUCCGAACGUCAUGCAAUGGUGGAACAACGGCACACAAGAGAUCAACCUAGAACCGUUCGAUAAAGUCGUCAAGGCCGCGGAGAAGACUGGGAUGAAGCUUAUCGUUGCUUUGACUAACAAUUGGGCCGACUAUGGUGGCAUGGAUGUGUACACGAUCAACCUAGGCUACAAGUACCAUGAUGAUUUCUACCAUGUUCCAGCGAUCAAGAAGGCAUACAAGAAGUACGUCAAGGAAAUCGUGAAGCGCUACGCGAAAUCCUCAGCCAUCAUGGCGUGGGAACUCGCGAACGAACCCAGAUGUGGUGCCGACGGCGUACGUAACCUACCCCGUAGCGAGAACUGCACGCCCGAGGUGAUCACCGAAUGGAUUGACGAGAUGAGCACAUAUGUCAAGUCUCUCGACAAGAACCAUCUUGUUACAUGGGGUGGCGAAGGAGGCUUUAACCGACCCAGCGACGAUGGCUUUUACAAUGGAUUCGAUGGCGGAGACUACGACAAAGAGUUGGCGCUCAAGAACAUCGAUUUUGGUACCUUCCACACUUAUCCCGAUUGGUGGUCAAGGAGCGUUGAGUGGGCUAAUCAAUGGAUCAUCGACCACGCCUCAGCCUCUCGUGCUGUCGGAAAGCCCGUGGUGCACGAAGAAUAUGGUUGGUUGACCGACGACAAGAGGCAAGAGUACCUCAGCAAAACGUCGAACGUCACUAGACUCGAAGCUAUUGGACUAUGGCAGGCUACCAGUCUGAAGGAGAAGAUGCCAGACAUGUACUGGCAAUUUGGAUACUCAGGUUACUCGUACGGAAGGAACCACGACGACGGAUUCACAAUCUACCUGGACGAUGCUGAGGCCAAACAACUUGUUUAUGAGCAUGCGAAGAAGGUCAAUGCUCUGAACAAGAAGUGA